AUGGGAGCCUACCAGCUGGCUAUCGCUGGGCUGCUCAUGCUGGUAUGCAGAAUAAGUGAAGCCACGAUAUCCGAUCAGACAUCCUCGGCGCUGUUGCCAUUGGAGGCGCGCAACGUGGACUCUUCCGGCGAGGAGGAUGUAAUCUCCAAUAGUUAUGUGCUGCCAAAUCAGAUCUUUAACGAUGGCAAACCCUAUUAUGCGCGUCAAGAUCCCGUCUCGGGUCAAUUGGAUUUCACGGCCAAGAAACCGGCGGGCAUUGAGCCGGAGGUCAACGAGGUGCUCAACUCCAAAGAGAAGAUUGUGCUUAGCAGCAGCUCAACUCCAAACAUUCACGACUUUCUCAAUCUGCCCGUCAAGUACUCGUCAUCGAAGUUUGUGUACCCAUUGGUGUCCAGUUCGUAUGCCAAUUUGAAGUAUCAAGGCAGCAAUAAGAACUACAUUACGAACAAGAAACCCACUAUGGUGGUAGCACCGGUUACUCCAGUGGUAUCCAACAAUUAUUACACGGUGACCACAACCAAACUGACUGCAGUCCCACCAACCGAAGCGGGUUACUAUUCGAGUACAAAGAAAGUACCAACAAGGACAAGUGCAGCUACCAGCACCAGCACAUUGUCAACCACAAUCCGGACGACACCAACAACUACAACCACAUCAACAACAACAACAACAAGACAAACAACAACAGGACGAACAACGACCACACGUCGUCCUUUCAUUCAAGCGAUAUCCACAACGCCGCAACCCAUACGAACAACUACGACACGAAAGAAGUUCAUGCCGAUUAGGAAACAAACCAUACAAACUACGACAACGGCGAGGAUAACGGAGCAAACGGCUCCCUCCAAACAGCCAACAACGCCCAAACAGCAACCGAAGCCCACCCAAAGUAGCAGUGAUGUCAAGUUUACCACCCAUCAUCCGACACCAUCGGCAGACAUCUUUCCCACAGAGCCAACGACAACGACGAAAAUGUAUUCAACACCUAGGAAUGACAUGAUUGCCUCUGGUCCCACAACGCCCCGAAUCUUAACCACCCCGCAUCUUAAACUGAAUGCCACCAAAAUACCAAAUCUAGACCCAGCGGAUGUCUAUUACACGCUGGGACAAAAGAACACAAAGGCCGAGCAGGAGCAGCAGUCGGCUGCCAAUAAGAAGCCAACAAUGACAUUAAGCGAUAUUUUCAACAAUCUGGCCGAGGAGGAGAAUGCGGUGGCCAACAACUAUCAGCAGAAUCAGGGCUUUGAUGCCCAGGGUAAUCUCAUUGAGCCGAUAGCACCCUCCCAGCCAUCGCCGUUUGCUAUGCAACAGCCCCACUCACAGCAGACUCCGGGUCCGCCAACACCAACACACUACCCAAAUCCAAAUCCCAAUGAGCAGAAGGUAACCGCGGGUAGCCUGGAGAACUAUGGCAAUCAGUAUGUGUCGUACCAGGUGCAGCAACCGAAUGUGAUGCAGUAUCGACCCAUACCGGGUCAAAUUAACAAUGUGGUCAUCUCACCUGGACAGCAAUCCGCCUCGUUUGUACUGGGUAGUCAACAGCAAGUGAGUCACAGUCAUCCUGGCAAUUUUGGCAAUGUGGAGAAGGACACGGGACCUUUUCCGCAGGAAACGGCCGGCGUGCAGUACGGUCAGGUCAUUAAUGAGGAGAUCAACAUUAAGCGUCCACAGCCUCCCACACAACAACAACAGCACCAACAACAGCAGCAACAACAAUUCCCAUCGCCACAUCAACCAACUCCACCAAGCAACCAACAACAGAUGCCCAAUUAUCAGUCCAAUAUUAAAUAUCAAUCUGUUGCACCUGUCGCGUCUGAGGCAACUGUAGUCGGUACUGUGUUAGGAACCGGCAUUGGAGUUGCUCCUGGUAGUUACCCAGAACCACCACCGGAAGCACCUUCGCCAUAUCAACAACUACCGUUGAUUGGUUCCAAUUCACGUCCAGCACAAAAACAAUCAACUAGCCAUCCAAAUGCCCAUCAAAAGAUGCAUCCCACUUUAGCAGCCCAAAGUGAGCCAACAGACAAGGACACCAAGGAAUUGUUGGUAUCCAGCAAUAUACGCUUUCCAUCCAAGCAAGAGGAUUCUCUGGAAUUGGCCUCGACUAUGGUUGCUUCAGGUCCACCGACUUCCGCCCAUAUCAAUGGACAUGCACAGCCGUUGAGUCUGCAGCAGAUCCAGAACGCCAAUCCUGUGGUGUUUCCCAAGCUCAGUGACGAUGAGGGUGUUCAGAUUCAACAGCACGAAGUAGUCAACCUGAAACAGCACGAGCAGCACUUGAAGUUCCCAACUCAACAACUGAUCAACAAUGAACAAUUGGCUCAAUCACCUUCCAGGGAUAUGGAACCACCACCACGUUAUGCUCCAUUGCAUAAUCCAUCCCAGGCACCAUCGGCUCCGGGUAAACCUUUCUACAUGGAAUUCGAUCGCAAGUCUCAGCAUCCACCUGGUCCACGUCCCAACGUAAAUCUGCCUAAUAUUUUGCCACAAUUCCGGCCCAAUGCCAAAAUCUCCGCUGGUCAUGGACAUGGCCACCUAAAACCGGAGCCUGGAAACAUACGUCUGCCCAUGCAGGGAGGCAAACUACCAUAUAAUCCUUCAACUCCCCCACAAUUUGCGAACAGACGCCAGCCGUUGCAACAGCAAUAUUUGCAGAAACGUUAUCCUCUAAAUCGAAUGGCAGAAUAUGAACAUGGGCCUCCCGUCAACAGACGUGUCUACCGCGUACCCCCGAAUAAUGGCCAAAGGCUCCCUCAGCUGAGGGAUCGCAUGUAUCCUCGUCGCCCCCAGGGUCCCAUGCGUCCAAUUGAUAACUACUAUCCAGUUGAGCGGAAUGCCCCAAUUGCACCAGAGGCAGCCAAACUGGUUAGUGCUGAUCUAAGUGAUUUUGAGGAGGAGGAUUUGGUUAUUAAUGAUCCACCACAGGCACCCACCAAAGAUAUGGCAAAUAGUCCAAAUGACUCCAAGCUGGAGGCAGUAAUAACACUGCAAAUGCUGCAGUCGCAAAAGAAAAUUAAUAACGGUGAAGACACUGGAGCCGGCGAAAUCCAAGUAACAGCCGAUAAUGAUCCACAAGAGGCAAACGAUCAAAAGUCCGAUCCAAAUAAUAUAUACGCAGUGUAUGCCUCAAAAGCUGACACCAUGUUGCAAACGAAUACCGAUGGACCGUCUGGAGUGGAAUAUCAGAAUACACCCUUCUCCGUGAUACGCGAUCAGCCCCAAGAGCCUAUUUUAAAGAACAAGAAACCGCAAUCGUUGCAACAGCAAUCAAAAAUGCAACCACUACACAAGCAAAAGUUUCCGUAUCCGAUCGAGAAACCAGAUCCAUCCUACACUGAACUGCAACAGUCAGCUGUAAGUGUACCCGGUGUCCUGAUUGCGCCACGUAUUAUCAACAGUGCCAUGAAUACUGGCACAGAAGCACCAAUUGCGAUUGCCUAUACACCUACCGAACCGAACCCCUUCUCAAGAAACGGUCCCGCGAAACAGGAACCGCAUCAUUUGAACAAACCGAAUGCAGCUGAGACACAAACCGAGGAAGUGAUGGGCAUUGAUUUUGAUUUACGUGGCCACAACUAUGAGAAGAACUUUAUGGCACCGUUUUAUCCCAGCGUCAGCUUGGGUGGCGCCAGUGGUGCUGGUGGUGUGACCAAUAAUCCACCGUUAACCAACUGGAAAAUUGUGCCAUCUGCCUCCAAUCAACAAUUGUACGAGAAGAAUAAUAUAAAUCGUGCCGAUGUUGACAGAUCUGCGAUAGAUCAAAAGAAAAUUGAAUCGAAGAAUUCGACUACGGAAAAGUAUUCCGAAUUGGAUCAUUUCCAGCCGGAAUUACAGGGCGGUUUCCGGCCAAUCUAUCCAGCUGACUAUAUGCACUUGCAGGAGCAACAGCAGGAGACUACUUUGAGCAACGAAAGAAAUAAGCCACUGGCUCUGGCACUGGUGGGAUCACUGACUACACAAACACCCCAAACUGUGACUUCAGUUGGGACGACACCUAACCCGGGACCAUUGGGUGGUACCCCAAAGACCACUGUAACGUCAACAACGACAGCGAAAACCACUGCUGACGUACAGCUGAAAAGUGAGGCUCAAAGUACAACAACAACAACAAAAUCGCCAGUUAACCAGCUAAGACCGACAGCAGCCAAAAAGUCGACAUUUGAAACGAGUCUGGCUGCUCUACUUUUCGGCGAUGAUGAUGAAUAUGAAGACGGUGCUCGGAAGUCCGUUCAGAAUCCGAAGCCCGCCCCGAGGCCCAUAAAUGUGGCACGUAUGGGACCGCGUAGUCUAUUUGCCAGAUAACUGCUUUAGGCACUAUUUGAUUUUCUUAGCAGCA